CAUGGUUACUAAGACAAUGAAGGAGCUAACAGAUGAGAAAAAAUUCACUGAGUUGCUUUUCGUUCAGAAAUUAGACAGGAUCAAAGGAUGGAUCUCAAAGCUUACUCCAACUGAAAGAGAAGAUUUCAGAAGAGAUGCAAAAUCAGUAAUUUGCAGAGGAAUUCCUGAAGGUGAAGUAAAACAAAUCCAGAGAGGCCUUAAUCUGGAAGACUCCUUCUUUUAUCUUUCUCGCAUUUAUGUUCCAUGAGCAAUGUUUUAUGGAUACCGUAUGGGAUAUUUUGAAGAUAGAGUAACAUUCAAGGAGAUUAAAAGAAUCGGAAAAUAUGCUAUUAAUAUGUACUUGAUUGCUCUCUCAGGCCACCUUCUUCUACGUUAUUAUGCCUCUCCUAUCAUUGAAAAACACAGAGAAUUUAGCGAAUACGAGCUCCAAAGAAAAGCAAGCAAUGACUUCUUGAUCCAAAGGAAUUACCUAAAAGAAAAACAAACAAAAAGUAAGGAAAGCACUGGAACUCUCUUAAAGUAA